CAGCUCACGUAUGCGUGAUCUGGCAUGUGUGAGUUUCGCACCGUGGAUGCUUCCUGGCACCUCUGAUGUAGACUUUGCAUUUGGAAGUGUAUCGAUGCAAAUUAUACGGCAUUCAUGUGUAAUUAUUAAUAAAGUUAUUAUGUGAAUGGUGAAAGUACGCUAGCAAAAUAUGUGCACGAAUAGUGACGUGUUCCCAUCUUGACAAUUCCAGGAAUAUAAAUAAAGUGCACAGUUCAUAAUGUUGGGUAUGUCGGAAGAACCACCUGGAACAAAGGAAGAGGAAUCGAUCGAACGACCUACGAUAGGGGAUGAAGGAAAGUGCGAAGAAAAUAAGAGUCAAUUGGAAAAUUUUAAAGAAAUUAUGCUGAAAAAUAAACAAGGUUCAAAAAAGGAAGAGGAGGUCCAGGAAUAUGCAAGGAGACUUUCCAAAAUUAAAUCUAGAGCCAAGCUGUCGCGUCGACAUAAAGAGGGAAUUCUGCCUGGUAAAGGCACAUCUGUUACAUCGGACACAGCUUCGGCUAACAUGACCGAACAAGCUAUCAAUGAUAUUAGUCAAGCGAAAACUGCAAAAGCAAAGUCUACUUUACUCCAAAAAAAAUUGGCAGAGGAUAGGAAAGUAUUUGAACAACGAAAUAAAGAAAGAACCGAAACUAAACGUGCGGUAGAAGAGAAAGUGGAAGCUAUUAGGCAACAAUUGGAAGAAAAAGAUGUACCUAAUACAGACUUAGCAACAAUGGGUCUGCAAAAGGAUCAUCUAUCGGUAACGCCUAUUAAUCCGAUCAUGAUAACUUCGGAGAUCAUGUCACCAAUUCAAAUUGAGAAUAUUCGAGAGAAAGAAAAUAAAAUUGCGGAACUCAAUGAUAAAAUUUUCGAAUUAGAAGCCAUUGUUGUUGAUCUUCAAGAGAAUUUAAAAGACAAAGACUCUGUCAUUGACUCUAAAACGAAAGCAGUUACACUUAUGUCUGCAGACCUUUCUAUGAAAGGUAAAAUGACAUUAGAUACCCUUGAAGAUACAAAAGACGAAAUGCGAACAAUGCAGGAGUAUUUCGAACUUAUAGAGGCAUCGCUAAAAAAUAAAAAUAAAAAUCUAUUAAUGCAAUUAGAAGAAAGAGAUAACAAAAUAGUAGAAUUAGAAGAAUCAAUUAAACAGUUUGGUACUGUAGCGGUAACUAAAGAAGACAUGAAAUCGCUGCAGGAAAAUUUUUUACUUAAAGAAUCUUCUUUGAAAAUGAAUAAUGACAAUCUUCUUCAACAACUGGAAGAUUAUGAAUUAAAACUAGCAGAAGCUUAUGAACGAGUAUUUAAAUUAGAAUCUGGUAUUGGAAUAGAAAGAAAUUCAUCAAUUGACGAUUUACAGUAUAAAUUAGAAAAAUUAGAACAUAGUAAUAAACAAUUACAGGAUGAAAAGUAUGAAUUACAAAAAAGUGUUGCCGAUCUUCAAGAUAAAAUUAUAAACGUUUCUUUACAUGGCAACGGGGCGAUAAUAGAAAAGGAUAAUAGAAUAGUUGAACUUGAAAACUUAAUAGAAGAACUAAAGCAAUCUAAUACGCUUCUUGAGGAAGAGUCUAAAGUAGAAUUGCAAAAACAAUUAGCCGACGUGACACAGAAAAAUGGAGAGUACAUAAAUAAAAUAGCCGAUCUUGAAAAUUUAGUACAUGAACUUGAAGAACAAAAAAGUAAUAUCGCAGCUAGAUUAUCCGAUGAGAACGCUGCGAAAGACGACGAAAAAGUAGCAAAACUCACCAAGGAAUUAGAAGAAUUAAAUAAAAGUAUGAUAAAAAUUAAAGCACAACAUAGGAGUAAAGUGAAAAAUUUACAGAAACAAUUGGAGAAUUUCAAAAUGGUGUCCGACACAAACGCAGAACUUGUCAGGCUGGCAAACCAAGUGGCAUUAUUAGAGGAGGAGAAAGGUAACCUUCAGCUGAAUCUGGUAGACUUUGACGAGCUUAAAGCUUCAGCAGGAGACUGGCAAGAACGUAUUGCCGACCUUGAAAGUAAAGUUUCUGUUCAAUCGGAAGAAAUUCAAAUGCAAAUUGAAGCUAUCGCUGCUUUAGAGAAUCAAAAGUUGGAUUUAAUGCAAGAAAUUCAUACGGCGAAACAGGAAAUUUCAUCUUUAGAAGCAGAAAAUGCAGAAUCUGAAAAUCUGCGAGUAACGGCCGAAAUGAAAAUUGUUAAUUUUGAAGAGCAAUUAGAGGCUAUGCAUAAAUUGCAAAAUGAAAGUAAAUUGAAAUCCUCGUCGGAAGUUAAUCAAGCAGAUCUGAUUAAGCAGAUAGAAACUUUAACGCAAGAAAAUAGUGAACUGUAUAAUAUAAUAUCCAAGUUGGAAUAUAAAGGUGAUUCUGACUCUGGAUCCACAGAGUCGUUUGAAGACAUGCGUGAAUUGGUCAGAAAUUAUUUGUUGCAAAAGAUCGAGGACUUGACGCAGAAAAAUAGUGAAUUAACAAUGAAAUUGAACAAAGCUCACGAGAAAGAAAAUUCACAGAUCGAAUAUACAGAACCGUUCGAAGCGAAUACCGAUUUAACAAUGAAUACAAGUCAGCCGGAGGAAAAGGGAUCUUCUGACACUGGUUCGACAGAAUCUUUUGAACGUAUUCCAGGACACAAUGAAAGUAAGGCAAAACUUGAGACCUUUACUCAAGAAAAUAAUAAAGUAGUACUUAUGUUUAGAAAUUUUGAGAAGUACUUUGAACAUACAGAACCAACUCGAUUGGCGUCCAACUCGGACGUUGAUAUGAAAUCAAAAGUUGAUAAUUUGCUAGAAGAAAAUAAUCAAUCUCUAGAAUUGUCGAAACUUAGAAUGCAACUGGCAGAACUGAACGAAGAGAAUAAUAAUUUACAAAAACAAAUCGAAAUAUUGACCGAAGAAGAAAUCUCGUCUGUUAAAUCAGAGGAUCCUCUCGGUAAAUCAAAGAGAGAAAUUGAUUUUACAGCACAAAUCGAUGAGUUGUUAGAAGAGAAAACUCUUCUUCAGAAGGAGAUAAAAGAAUUGCGUAAUAACAUGGAACAAUCACACGACGUUGCUGGUCAGGGUCUUGAAAUAAAUAAUUUGAAAUCGAGAAUAGAAGAAUUGUUGAAAGAGAAAGAAGAAAUAUUCGAAAGGUUGUCGGAGCUUGAAAAGUUUAACGAGAAAUUAAAAGAAGAGGUAACUGAUGUUACCCGCGAAAAGGAACAAUUACAUAUAAAAAUUAACCAAAUGUUACCCGACGAUUCGACCAACGAAAGGUUAGGGGUUCUUGAAAAAUUGGAAAAAAUUUAUCAGGAGAACCAGGAACUUGGCGAACAAAUUAACAAACUUUUAGAAAAAUCUAACAAAGGAAUAUCUGAAACGCAACAAUUGGAUGAACCUGUAUCCCAUUUACAUAUAGAAUCAAUGAUUGCUACUUCUCUGGAACAAGAAAUAGAAGAGCAUAAAAAAUUGAUUGCCGAGCAAAACGGCUUGAUCGAAGAAAUGAAGAUUAAACUUACGAGUAAAGAAGAAGAAUUGGAAGAGAAAGCUAAGCUGAUUAUAGAAUACGAAGCAUCUGGACAGAAAAUGGAGAAUUUAGAAAGCGAAUUGAAGGAAAUGCAGGAGAAAAUGGAGAAAUUACGGACAGAUAAAGCUGUUAUGGAAGAAGAAUUUAGAGUGUUAGAAAAUAAAAAUGAAAUGUUGCUCGAAGAGAAGAAUGCAAAAGACGUAGAAAAUAAUUUAUUGAAACAGCAAAUGCAAGAUACUACAAUUUUAUACGAGUCACAGAUCCAGGAGCACCUUACAGCAGUCUCCAAAAAAGAAAAUGAAAUCGUCAAUUUAAAAGAUGUUAUCGAAGAUAAGGAUCAAGAACUGCAUGCCAAAUAUACGGAAUUACAAAAUAAAAUGAUCAUGAUAGAUCAAUUACAAGACGAAUUGAAUAAUUGUCGAGUGUUACUUGAAGAAAAGGAUGCCUCGAUUACGAAGAUGCUUAGUGAAGUUGCAAAUCUUAACGACUUAAGGAGAAGCAAAGAAGAAGAAGAAGAAGAAAUAUAUUCUUUGCGAAAAGAUAUCGACGAAUUAAAUAACAAGUUAAAGGAAUCAAUACCAUUGAAAGACUAUGAUGAAUUGUUACAAGAAUGUAAAAGUAAGGACUUGAUUAUCGAUGAAAUUCAAUAUAGAAUGAAUGCGACUAUAAAAGAGAACAGUAAUUUAUUAGAAAAAGUGAAGAAUCUGUCUGAAGAAAAUGGUGAUAUGGAAAAUGAAUUAGCUGAAAAGCAACGAGAACUCGUUGAUUUAAUAGCAACGAAGGAGGAAUUAGAUGCACGUGUUGCAGAAUCUGAGAAUGACAAGGCUAAAGCCGAAAGACAAGUUUGGGAAUUGCAGAGCAUUAUAGAGAACAAUGCUAAAUAUGUCGAAGAUUUACAAACAGAAUUGAGGGCAGGAUACAAACAAAUAGAACAACUUAAGGUAAAACAUACGGAAGAUAUGGAAUUACAAAACCAGAGACUGGAAAGCCUGAUCGAGGAACUGAAUUCCAAGACGCAAGAAUGCGAGUCGUUGAGAGGCGAAUUAGAAGAAAAGGAGAGACUCGUUGGGCAGAAUCUAACGGAGGAAGUUAAAGUCGCUUUGGAAGCGAAGGUUAUCGACUUGGAUCAGAAAUUGAGGGACUCCGAAGGUAAAAUACAAAUGCAAUUGGAAAAGAUGAAGAAAAUAGCAGCGAAUCUAAAGAAGAAGACGGUAGUGUGCCAAGAGCUUGAGACAAGGGUCACCGAGCUCGAAGAGAAAUGGAUGACCGAAAAGGACGAGAAAGAAGCUAAAAACAAGCAGAUUCAGGACGUGGAGCUCUCGAUGCGCGAAAAGGAUAAUAAAAUAGCCGAUUUGGAGGAGAAGUUGAUAGAGACGAGAAACGAAAUUGCAGAAGGUUUAAGGAAUAUCGGUGAGCUGAUAUCCGAAUUGAACAGUACAAGAGGGAAAAUGUCAUUGCAUACUCAACAGAUUACAGAAAUGGAAGAGGAAAUUUUAAAACUAAGAGCAGAGUUGGAUAUUUCGAGGGGUAAGAUCGACGCGGAGAAAGAAGCGAAAGAAAACGUGAUGUUGGAGUACGAAGGUUACAAGCGACAAAUAUCCGAAGAGAACGAGUGGAAAGAAUAUGAACUGAACGAAGUGAAGGAGAAGGCGAGAGAACUGAGCGUACGGAUGCAAGUUAUGGAGGCGGAAUAUAUCGAACAACUCGCGACGAUAAAGAAUCUGAAAACCGAGUAUGGUUUGUUGCUGUCGAAGCAAACGCAGAUCAAUGAGAAAUUAGAGAAUGUUGAAACAGAGUCGGAGGAACGAAGAGUGUUGAUCGAACGGAUGCAAAAGAGCGUGGUUAGUACCGCGACAGAGGCUACGCAAACUACGGAAGAAGAAAUCAUCGAGGACGAUGCGAAGAUUGCUGGUGCACAACGUUGCGGUCAUUGCGAGCAAUGUCAAACUCUGGUCCAAGCAUUGGAGGCGAAACUGCAGGAGCGAGAGGCGGAAAUUGAAAAUUUGGACAACGAGUUAGCUAAUUCUAUCGGUAAUUUCGUUCAAAUACGGGAAUCCCUAAAGUUCCACGACUUGAUGAAUCAAACUACGAUGAGGGACAGAUCGUUAAUCGAUCCUUACAACGAGAUUUUAAUGCAAUAUAACGCGCUGACGUCCAGGUAUGAAGAGUUACUGAAGGAGAAUAAGGAGCUAGCGGAGACAGUUGAGAAUUUACAAGUUGCGAACGUUACUUUGGAGGAGAAGAUAGGCGCGACAGAAAAGUCAGAAAGCGACGAUUCUUCGAAUUCCGAUUUGGCGAAGAGAUGCGAAUCCCGGGAAACGGAAUUGUUGAACGUGCAGAGAGAAAUGCAGGUUGUUCAGGAACGCGCCACUCGGCUCGAGGAACAAUUAAAUCUACGGAUAGCUUCGCUCAGAUCCGAGGAGGAGAAACGUAUCGAAAUGGAAAAGUUGUUGCAAGAUACCAGAAACAGCCUCGAGCAGGAAAUCGAGUCACUGAAAACCGAAAAGGAUGGAAAUCGGAAAACGGUGGAGGAUCUGAGGGCCGAGUUGGAGAUGUACAAAAAUGAAACCGUGGAAUCCAAGGAGAGAUCGACGAUCGUUAAAAGAGAAGCGUCUGUGUUCGAUUUACCAGAAAACGAGCAAGACAAUGCGCCUCGGUUGUUCGACGCUUCGAAAAUAUUUGGCGCGUUCUCCGGUUCCGGUUCCGAUUCGUUGAACGACAUCGAAGUAAAGAGAUUACAGACUCUGUUGGACGAAAAGGAAACGCAAUGCUCCAAUCUUACCCAGCAGAUCGAUUACUUGCAGAAACUAAUGAUCGAAGAAAGAUCACAGAUGACGCGGAACUUUAGCCAACACGUCGAGGAAUUGGGAAUUGCUCGAAAGGAGCUGCACGAGGCGCGAGCGAAUUUGGACAGAUUGGAACAAGCUCUGACCGAGAGGGACGGCCAGAUCGAUUCUUUAAACGUGGAGCUGCGAAAUUUCAGGCUACGGAUAACGGAACAGCAGAACGAGUUAUCGGCUAAAGAGAACGAGAUACAGGAAUUAAAUAUGAAUCUAACUUCGACGGAGGAAGCGUUGACCAAGCUGAUCGUCGAGCAGAACGAGCAGAACGUUUUGUCGGAGUCGUACAGAUCGCGGAUCGCGACUUUGGAAGCGGAAUUCAAGAACUCGACCGACCCGGAAUUGAUACAGGAUCUGGAGCAUCGCGUUUCGAACAUCACGCGAGAGAGGGACUUGCUUCAGCUGCAGGUGAACGAUUUGUCGAGAUCGUUGGAGGAGACGAAGGACAGUCUCGAGGCUGGAAGAAAUUUACAAAGAACGGAGAUGGAGAAAACCGCGCGGGAAAGGGACGAGGCGAAAGAGCUAGUCGCGGAUCUCACCAAGGGUUUGGAGGAGGCUUACAAAAAUUCUGAUAGGACGUCCGCCAAAGAAUCGACGCGUUUGGAGGAAGCAGCAGCCGCUUCGGCAACGAUCGCCGAAGAAGACGUUAAGCAAACUGCACCGUCGGACACGCUGGCUGAAUUCACAUGGGACGCGGAGAAAUUAAACGUCGACGAGGAAACCUGGGAUUGGAACGCGGACGAUGCCCAAUUGGCUGGCGAACACCUCCCCGCCACUUUGCUGCCCAACGCGGAAAUGCAAUUACGAGCAAAAGUGGACGAUCUUCAGGACCGGAUCGGAGACUUGGAGGCAGAGAGGAACAAACUGCUGGAGGAGAACAAGGCCGCCCAGCUGAGAAGCGGACGAAUGAUAAAGAAGCUGAAAGAGUACAAGGUGCAGGUGGAGAGUCUUCAGCAACAGCUGAAGAUACAGAAGUCGGCGAGCUACUUCUACGAGCUCGAUUCCGCGAUAGAGGAGGAGCUAAAGUCUCAGAUCAGUAAAUUGGAGAAGGGUUUGAACGAGGCGAGGGAUGAGCAGAGGAACACCGUGGCGGAGAAAGAGACGUUGACGAAACGUCUGGACGUGGUUGUAUCCGCGAACGAAAGAUACAUGGAGAUGAAAGAGAGGCAGGACAUGGACAUGGAGGUAUUGCGUAUACGGAACAAAGAACUCACGGAUAAACUCGAAGCCCUCGAUCAGAGGUUGCAGGAGUUUGGAGGACCUCGAAACGAAACCGUUCCAUCGAAAGCAGAGGCGAAACCGAUCGAGCACGAUCGUAGACGAAAGAGAUCCGUGGAUAGCGAGGACCUGGAGAGCCUGUGCAAAAGGUACAAGGACGAGAUCGACGAUCUCAAGGACGAAAUGGAGGCCCUGGCGACGGAGAACGAGCAGCUGCAGCAUUUCUUGGGCGAGCAAAAGACCAAGUUGUCCUCUUUGGAGUCGAAACGAACGGCGGACGAGAACGAGUCGCUUCAGAUCGUGGACGAGCUGAACAAAAGGAUUUCGGAGCUGCAGGGCGUGUUGAGCAAGUCGAGGGAGGAGUACGACACGCUGAAGAAACAGUACGAGCAGAGUUUGAUGGACGCUGACAAUCAGGUGUCGAUAAUGAGGCAGAACGCGGAUUAUUUGAAAGAGGAGGCGUUCGAGAGGGUUAGCAAAUUGGAGAUGGUGGUAACCGAUUUGCGUAAGCAGUUGGACACGUUCGCUGCGCGCGAGACCGAGUGGCUGAGGGAUUUGGAGCAAGCGAUGGGAGAGAAAGCUGCGUUGGAGGAGAAACUGACCAAUUUAACGUCUGAUUCCGAGAAGCAGUUGUCGGCCAUCGGCGCGUCGAUGGCGGAAGUGACCGAUCUAUUGAACGUCAGGAUACAGGAGGUCGCCGAUCUGAAGCAGGAACUUCAGAGGCAGUACGUGGACCACGAAGAAACGAAAUCGAAGCUGCAGGACACCAUAGAACGUAUCAGCCGGGAAGCGAACGAGAAGAAGGAAGAGGCUGAGAGUCUGAGGAAGGCGCUCGACGAGAAGGAGAACGAAUUCGUUCAAAGGCAAAGCGUGGAGACGGUCAGUGCUCUCGUGAGCCAAGCCACGCAAGAACUCGCUCAAAAACACGCGAUAGAGAUCGAGGAGAAGGAAAAAGAGCUACGUAGCCUCAAAGAAAAUCUAUCCGUGCUGGAGCAACGCAACGACCACGAGCUCCAACUGUUGAGACAGAAUUUAACGGAGAAAGAGUCGGCCCUGGAGUCCCUUCGAUCGAAUUUAUCUCUCGCGAAAGAACAGUUGGUCGACAAAGAGUCACGAGUGUCCGAAAGCGAGAAAAACAUCGAGAAACUGUUGGCAGAGAAUCAGAGGUACGUGGAGACGAUCGGUGAAUUGCAGAGCCGUCUGAGCGAGGCGGAAGCAGUCUCCGCUCGUGCGCACGAGUACGUUUUGCACGCUCAGGGCUUGGAACGAGAGCUCGAAAACAUGAGAGCGUUCCUGGCGGAGAAGGACAGGGCCCUCGAACGAUACGUUCAAGAGUCCAGCAAAGAGCACGAGGCAAAAUUGGCGAGCCGCGAUGUCGAGAUAAACGAGCUUCGCGAGGAAUUAGCUACGUUCGACGACCUGAAGACCGAGUUGCUGGAGAGGGCUGAACAGAUGAACAGUUUGAGCUCGGAACUGGACGAAACGAGCCGCAUGUUGAGCAAUCGGAUGCUGUACGAGAAAGAAAUGGAAUUGAACAGGCUGUCGAUGGGACAACACGACGACAGACAACAGGGUAGCGUUUCUAACGUGGUCGAUGGUUUGCCUCUUUUCAGAAUGGCGGACGACAGUCGCGAUCUGCAACGCACGAUAGACGCUAUGCAGGUCGAGCUGGAGAAGAAGCAAAGCGAGAUACAGCAUCUUAAGUGUAUUUUGGAGGAGAACACGUACCGCGGUAUGGUCCAAGAGAUGCAGGAUAGAAUAAAUUCGCUGUACAACGAGAAGGCCGAGUUGGAGUCGUUCCUGGAGGUGGCCGCGCUGAGAACCGAGGAGAAGGAGAAGCAGAUCGACGAUCUGAAGCGGCAAAUCGAGAAGCAAAGUCUCGAAUCCGUCUCGAAGGACGAAACGAAUUCGGUCAGCAGGGAUAGAAGGUCCGUUCAGGAUCAGGAGGAGAUCGUACGGCUGCAGAACGAGCUGCACGCGAAAGAGCAAGAGGUGAACGAGCUGAAGUACGUGAUAGCCGAGAAAGAUUCGCAGUUGUCGCUUCAAGCGAGCAUGGAACCGCAGUCGGACGAUUUCGAGUCGCGUGAAAUGGUGCAGAGGCUGACUGCUGAAUUGUACGGCAAAGAACAAGAGAUACAACAGUUGAGGUCGACCAUCGCGGAAUUGGAGACGGAGGUGUCGCGUCUUGGAGAUUUCGAGAGGCUUUACGGCGAAACGAAGGACGCCAUGUCGAAGCUCAGCCUGGAGAAGGAGCAGGAGCCACGCGAAUUCCUGGAAACGAAGCUCAGAGAAAAGGAGAUGGAGAUAGACGAGAUCAAGCAGAAGCUGCUUAUCGAGAACAAAAAUAUUAUGGACCAGUUACAGUUGAGAGACAGAGACAUCGUGAAUCUGAGAAAACAGCUCGAGGAGUCCUCCAUGGUGGUGGGAGAAGCAAAGGAUAAGUUACGCGAGAAGGAAGAAGAAUCUGUCCGAUUGAACGCUGAUUUGGCGGAGAAGGAACGCAGGUUGGCGGAAUUGAGUAUCACCAAGGAUACGGAGCUUCACAAUCUGAAGGUUCAAAUCCACGAGAGGGAGGUUCGUAUCGACGAGCUCCUUGCGUUGUCCGACGAGGAGGAAAAGCAGCUUAACGAGUUGAAGAGUACCUUGGAGGCGAGGGAGACGGAAAUCAAUUCGUUAAAGUCGCUUCUGGAGGAUAAAGUGAAGGAGUACGAGUUGAUACAGAAUGUGUUGAAGAAGGAGGUUUCUAUUAUCGACGCGUCCGCGUCUGGAAGCGUCGAAACUCCCGGAGAAGAGAACAAAAUGUCGACCUCGCAAGAAUUGGACCUUGCUCUUUACAUGCUUCACCAACGGGACGUCCGUUGCGAGGAAUUGACGCACGAGUUGAUGCAGCUGCUCGAGGAACGCGAUACGUUGCAAUUGCGUUUGUCCAACGCGAUAAGAGUAAACGAGGAAUUAAGGAAGGUUGAUACUUCCGACAACGGUCAGAAGACCGAGGCGUCUGCUUCCGGGACCGUGGAACCACUCGUGGAACAUCCGUCGCCCUCCAAGUCCGAGGGACCGAUCGAGAUAGCCAGAGAAGCCAUCGAUUCACCGAUCGGAGAAAACAAGGAGGCUCUUGCUCAGAAGCUGUCGCAGUUACAUACGGUGAGCCAUGCAAAAGACGUACGAUUGAAGGAUGAACGAGAGUUGAGGCAUACACAGCAAAUGUCUUUGUUAGCCCACAAAGAUGUUCUAAGUACCUUACCAGCCGAAGCAGCUGCCAAGCUCGUCAAUGCAAAUUAUACACUCUCUAGGGAUGUUCAGAGUCAAUCGAGCGUCUUACUGAAUUGGCUGUGGGGAAAAAGCACGCCAAAGGUCAUGCACAUGUGAUGGGACACUAGUGAGAAUGAAGUAAACACCAUCGUUACGUUCUGGAUACAUUCCUGCCAAGUGCCAACUGCCAAGACUAUAUUCCCAUCAUUAAAUUAGACCGAAGAAGAUAAACGGAAUUACUGUUUAGUAGUAUUUCGGCUAGUUUAUCGUCGUUGUAAGCGCGUCAGCUUGUGAAAAGCCACACGUAACUUAGUUCCGUCUAAGGGUUUAACGACGUCUGUAUUUUUGACGCGGCAUUGUUAAACUGUGGUAACGGGAGUCCUGCUUUCCGAGGCUUCUAAAGAGAAAGUCACUCCUCUUAGGCGUAGAAGAGAGUGCGAGGAGAAGACUUUACCGUAUUAUGUAUAUUUAAGAAAUAUGUAUAUUUCAUUUAUUUUAUUAGUUACGAAACUGUUAAUAGCGUAAGAUGUUCCUUAAGUAUCGUUCCGAUAUUCAAAGGAAGUAUGUUUAUUCCGAUUAUUAAUUAUAUUCCCGAUAAACGUUUAGGUAAAAUAUGUUUGUAUAAAUUAUCUGCGACUUGUCCUCCGUCUGUUGAGAAUAUUUUUCAAAUGUGGCCUGUCGAAUGAAAGCGAGAGAUUAAAAUAUCAUUUUGGUGGAUUACACGAUAAUCGAAACGCGAUGUUGAUUAUUAAAUAUUUUAUCCGCCGAAAGAAGUGUCGUAAUUGUUUGUUGCUUUUUAAACCGUGUUGAUUGGAACUUUCUAUUUCCACGAAAUUUUGUACAGAAAUAUGAAUGCGUCGGUGAAUAAAUAAAUCAUAAGACG